GUGAUCUAAUCGAAACUACGUGCUUGUUGCAGCAAAUCAUUGCCAUGCUGAUAGACAUACUGUAUGAGUAUGAGAGCAUUUCUGAUACCAUGGAUGGCUGUCUUGAGACCUCAUCUAUAGCCACUGGUAAUACAACGCCAAUGACUAGCGAUAGUUCACCGGAUGUGGAGCUUGUCAAAGAUGCUACUCAAGAAACACACGUUGAACAACAGGAAUCUAAACAUAGAAUAGAAAUAACUCCAGGAUGGACUAAGAAUGAAAUCCUUCACAUUUAUGAACAUUUAAAGAGGAAAAGAAAGAUCGAUCUUCCUAAUCGAUCAAAUCAUGAAAUAUCGAAGAAAUCAUCAGAAAUACGUAAAAUUUUAAAAAGAUUAAUAAAAAUUACUGAGGAAGGAAUGGAAGUUUAUGGCGUAUGGACGAAUAUAGAAUUAGCAACCUUAAUAUGGCUACAGACUUUAGAUCUCACAUUGGAGCGAAUUAAGAAGGAGAUUCCUGAUAAGAGUCCAGAACAAGUUCGAGGGAAAUUAAUGCAAAUCAACGGUAGUGUUAGAUGGACUGAACCAGAACUAAAAUACAUAGAGACAGCUGCCGAGACUUGUCUUUCUAAUACAGAAGUUGUGGAGGCACUUCCAAUUCGUACAUUCCAACUGGUAUGCAGUAAGUUGGGUCAAGCUAAACAUACCAAAAUGAAUAAUAAUGGAAUUACCAAGAAGACUCAUGAAUGGAAAAGCUCAGAACUUAAAUUAAUACAUCACUUAAUAAAAUCAGAUUUAACUUCACUUUCCAUUGAAAAAUAUUUCCCCUCCAUGGACGCCGAAGAAGUGCAUAACAAACUAACCGAAGUUAUUGGGUUAGAUAAUCCACCAUUCACAACUGGAGAAGUGGUAUUACUUAAAAAGUUGUAUGAAGAGGAAAAACCUAUUGAUGAUAUAUAUAAUUAUUUCCCAUUCAGAAGCAGGGAUAUAAUAAGAGAAGAAUAUGAGGCACUUGGGAAAAAAGUGGAAGAGGAUCCAAUAGAUAUCAGAAGAAAAAAUUUUAAAAGUUCAGUGGAUGAGUUAGUGUAUUAUGCACAAUGGUUCACAUCUAAUAAUUUCAGCGGAGCUGAUUCUUCCACAUCAUCUAGACGAAGCAGACGAUCUACCGCGAUUGGUCAAGAGUUGAAACAAUUGCAGAAAGAAGCCGACAACAUAAAAUUAAAGAAGAAAGUGAAAAAAGAGCUUACAGAAGAAGAAAUCGAAGCAAGAAAAAUAAGAUAUGAAAGAUUACAAGAAAUUAAAAGACAGAAAAUGGAGCUUAAAAAGAAGGAGAGAGAAAAGGCUGAAGCCAGAAGGUUGGAGAGAAAAGCUCUUGGUUUAUAUGAACCACACCAGAAAACAAAUCUUAAAUGGCUUAAAGAGGAAGCUGACUACUUUCAGAGCAUGACAGGUAAUCAUAAAGCGGUGGAAGAAGGAGAGACAAGAAAAAGAAAACAAACUGAAAUAUUCAGACCAGAAUUUCAAGUCAGCCAUAAGGUUAACGAUAGACAGUACUUAAAACAAUUGCAACAACGAAAGGAAUCCAAAAAGAAUAAACUGAAAUCAAACCUUAAAGGUCCAAAGCGUAAAAAGGUAAAGAAAAAUCUGGUUAAAAAAGUGGAUUCAAUUAAAAUUACUGAAGGAUGGGAAUAUGAUGACGAAGAAGAAGACGAAGACGAGGAUGAGGAAGAGAAAGAAGAGAGUGUACCUCCAAUGGUGAGUCCAUAUGAUCCAUAUGAUGUCAAUACAGACACACAAAUACCUAUUCACGGCCGAAACAUAUAUAUCCCAGAAAUUAAGGAUUAUAGGUCAUUACCAGAACUUUCAUUUGUUGAUACCAAUGAGGACGAGAAUGUUAUGCUCCAGGAUAAUGAUAAAAUUUCGUAUGUGGAUCCAUUAGCCGCUGAAGUAAUUAUUAAACAUUUCAAAAGUUAUAAUGAUUUGCCAAUAUCAUUUCCUCCCUUGACUGUGAUUCACGAAGGAGAGGUUCAAAUAAAUCCAUUGAACAGAGUUAGAUUACGAUUUUUACUUUACCCUCAACACAGUGAGCUAUACAUACUUGCAGCUCCCAAAAGUAAUGAAUUAGACCCCGUGGAAGAAAUGCAGAAGUUAUUUCAAAUCCAUUUUUGCCUUUACUUUUCUCAUUCUACCGUUUUAAAAGAAAUAAUUGUGAAUGACUAUUGUCGCGAGCUCGACAAUUGUGUUGAGAACAAUGAUUUUGGACAUUUCAUGUUCGUUGUAGAUAAAUGGAACUUAUUAAUGACAAAACUUUCUAUUAACAAGCUGGACUCAAACUAUAAUGAAGAUAUCAACAAAGAGAUCAGAAUCUAUCUUCAAUACGAUGGUAUCAAUGCACCAACUGAUGAUGAUUUAAAAUUAGACAUAUUCCUUGGGGAGAUUAACUCUGGUAUUGGCCAGGAACCAACUAGUCCUAUAUUUGACAAGGGUCCUCCCACUAUUCCUGGUACUCCUCUUGAACAUGAUUUCAAUAAGGAGAACGAACCUCCAAUAAAUGUACUUCUGGAAUUCAAGUUUGAAUUUAAAACUUCAAAUGAGGAUGAAGAAUUGGAUUUGAUUUCUUCACUGAAGAAUGAUCAGAUGACAAAUACUUCAUACAUGGAGAAUUUUAUUGGAAAUUUGAAUUCUAGGACCAUGAUCUCAAGAUAUUGUAUGCAACAGAUUUUGCUUCGUAUAUAUUCAAGAGUUGUUUCACCGGACUCUCAAAAGCUUCGUUCGUACAAAGCAUUUACUGCAGAGGUAUACGGUGAGUUACUACCAAGCUUUACAAGUGAAGUAUUAACAAAAGUUGGGUUGAGACCCGAACAAAAGUUUUAUGAUUUAGGUUCUGGAGUUGGUAACACAACGUUUCAAGCAGCUUUAGAAUUUGGAGCAUGCUUUAGUGGGGGUUGUGAAUUAAUGGAACAUGCUUCGAAUCUCACCAAGAUACAAGACGUGGCGUUAAGUAAAAAGCUUUCUGUGUUGGGAUUGAGACAACUUCCAUUAUCCUGGGCCUUACUGCAAAGUUUUGUUCAAAAUGAGGAAGUUCGAAAGAAGAUUAUUGAUUGUGAUGUCAUCAUUGUCAAUAAUUACUUAUUUGACGUGAAUUUGAAUACUGACGUGGGGAGACUUCUUUGUGGUUUGAAACCAGGGUCUAAAAUUAUUAGUUUGAGAAACUUUAUUAGACCUAGAUAUAAAUCUACGGGUGGUGAUACUAUUUUUGAUUACUUAAAAGUGGAAAAGUUUGAGAUGAGUGAUUUCCUUUCUGUUAGUUGGACUGCUAAUAAAGUACCAUACUAUAUAUCUACAGUGCAAGAUUCUAUCUGCUCAGAAUAUUUGUGAAUCGAAUCUUUUUUUUUUUACUUUUUUUUUAACAUAAUACAUCAAUUAAUAUACAUACA